CCUACUAUCGGUAGGCAUCGACUGUAUACUGGCACCGUUCUGUCAUCCCGAAAGCAUUUUAGCGGUUUAGUUAACUCAUGUAACAAGAACUCCUCGUUGUGAUACUUUUUGUCUUUGAUGUCGGACGUUUUUGGGGUUUUGGCUUGGACCUAUCACGAAAUAUUGGAUUGAAGCUUACUCUUGUCAUCCUUGUAAUCUAUAAAUUCGUACACUUUGCUUGGAAAUUUUGUUCUGAAAGUUGGCGGAGUUAGCUGGGAUGGGCGGAUAUCACCCUGCACAAGUUACGCGCACUGAAACCUAACACCGCUGUGUAGCCUGCAGGCAUGGAUAACUGACGUGUCGUCAACGGACUAACUGACCGACCGUUAUCCCAUGGUCACAGUUUGUUAGCUGCGGCUAGGAUGACAAGCCUAGUUUCAUAGAUCUCCUCUGUAAAGUUUUCAUAUUUGAAUGUCACAACAAACAUUCAGACAUCAUCAUUGAAGUCUAAACUGACAUUAGAGUUUGACUAGACUCGGCAGAGACAGCAAAGAAGAUGGAGGAUAUUUUCUCUCAGAUUCGUGAUGGCAAUGCCAUGCAUGUACGAGUAUGGUUAGACAAUGUGGAGAAUGACCCAAACCAAGGUGAUGACCAUGGUUUCAGUCCCAUGCAUUGGGCCUGUAAGGAAGGCCGCACCAACAUCGUCGAGAUGCUGAUUGGUCGAGGAGCUAAGAUCAAUGCCACCAAUAUGGGUGAUGACACAGCAUUGCAUCUUGCCUCGGCACACGGCCAUCGCGAUAUUGUGCAAAAGCUUCUUCAGUUACGAGCUGACGUGAAUGCAGUCAACGAGCAUGGUAACACCCCACUACACUAUGCCUGCUUCUGGAAUUAUGAACUCAUUGCCGAUGAUCUUGUCAACAGUGGUGCCUUAGUCAGCCUUUGCAACAAAUUUGGAGACACACCAUUAGACAAAGCCAAACCUGGACUUGCCAGUGUUCUGAAAGAUCGCGCUGCAGCUAAUGGACAAGACCUCAAUAAAAUACCCUACAAGAACAGCAAUUGGGGCGGCAUGAAAACAAGAACACGAGAUGGAACACUCUCCAGAUUUGCUGGGAUCGACCUCAAACAUGUGAAGUUGCAGAGUAAAAUUGGAAGCAGCCCAACUGGGGAGAUGUGGAAAGGUAUGUGGCAAGGCACAGAGGUCAUGGCCAAGGUCUUGCGGGUCAACAACAUCACCUCCCGCAUCUCCCGAGAGUUCGGUGAGGAGUUCCCCCGCCUCCGCAUCUUCUCUCACCCCAACAUCCACGCCGUGCUGGGCUGCGUCAACAGCCCGCCCAACCUGAUUGUGCUGAGUGAACGCCUGCCCCAUGGUUCGCUCUACCAUCUUCUCCAUGAGGCAUCAGAUGUCAUGAUUGAUCAAGCUCAGACUCUUCGCUUUGCGGUGGACAUUGCUCGAGGCAUGGCCUUCCUGCAUGCCAUGGAGCCUCUCAUCCCACGUUAUUAUCUCAACAGCAGGAACAUCAUGAUUGACGAGGAGCUGUCAGCCAAGAUUAACAUGGGAGACACCAGGUUCUCCUUCCAGAAUCGUGGCAAGUUCUUCCACCCAGCCUGGGCCGCACCAGAGGCUCUUCAGAAGAACCCGGAGGAGAUGAACGUAAGAGCAGCGGACAUGUGGAGCUUUGCCAUUCUGCUGUGGGAGCUUGUGACUAGGGAAGUCCCUUUUGCUGGAAUGACACCCAUGGAAAUCGGCAUGAAGAUUGUGGGUGAGGGACUUCGCGUCGACAUGCUACCCGGCGUCUCCCCUCACAUCGUCAAACUUAUCAAGAUCUGCAUGAACGAAGACCCCGUCAAGCGGCCACGCUUUGACAGGAUCAUGCCCAUCCUGGACAAAAUGCGUACUUCGUAAAAGAAAAUCACACGCAAAACACCAACGAUGACCAACUAUAUAGAGAGAGGAGUUUCAUGCACUAAUUCAGCAGAACAGAAUUAGCCGAGGCUGAGAUGACUACUUUUGAAAGGCAGCAAAACCUGGUUGUGGCAGAGUCCAUCACAAGUCCCAGCAAAUCCAUCACAAUUAUUCAGAGUUAAUACAAGUCAAUAGCUCUUCAAAUGGGACUGUGACAAAAGCAUUGUUUUGUUAUUGUUCACCCCAUUAAUUAUGACUAGUCUUGUGAUAAGGUUUGUAAUUGGUCUUGCUGAAUGACUUAGGAUGGACUCAACACCACACUGGCAUCGCCAUAGUUUAAUUUGUACCCUAGGAUACUUAACUGAACAGUUGUUACUUGUAAUGCUGCAGUAGUUGAGAAAUUAUUCGCUCUCUGUUCUUACUUACAUUACCUGCUACUGCUGCAGAACCUUUGCACAACAGCACCCUCUAGUGGUGAACAUUUAAAAGUUUUGAUUGUGGAGAAGAUCUUGAGGGACAGUUUCUUUCCCAUUUGUGGUUUCGGUUAGCACACAUGCUAUUCCAGACCAUGGACCUGUAAUUUGGAUGCUCGCUUCCUGUCAGGUAGACGUAGGCAAAAGGUGUACUCUGUGUGCUAUGGUCUGCACGCAUUCACUUGUUAAGUGGUUGCCCGAGGCAUGACUGACUUGUAUGACUCACGAGUGUUAGUCACUUACUGCCCAUCUGGCCUGUAGUAAGGGGCCUCUGCACAUGGUGAAUGGUCAUUGUUAGGAGGACAAAUAUGUUAGUGAUCCACU